AUGUUUAAUGAAAUGUAAUUUGAUUGGAGCAAAACAUGUUUGACUUCAUCGAUUUGGGACGUGAGAUAAGUGUGACUUUUUUUCCUCCCAAAAGUAGGAGCGGUGGUGGUCUAACGUGGGGGAAUCCAGCCCACAUAUUUAUUGCAGCCGCUGAAAAAAAAUCUCCUCAAUAUCCCCCAAGAUGGCCGCCGAUGUAGGAUCGAUGUUUCAAUAUUGGAAGAAAUUUGAUCUACGGCGGCUCCAGAGGGAGCUGAACUCGGUGGCGUCUGAGCUGGCGGGGCGACAAGAGGAGAGCGAGCUUUCCCAUAAACAUCUGGUGGAGCUGAGCAGAGAGUUCAAGAGAAAUGUACCCGAGGAAGUGCGGGAGAUGGUGGCACCUGUUCUCAAGAGUUUCCAAGCCCAGGUGGUUGCUCUGAACAAGCGCAGUAAAGAGGCUGAGUCGGCAUUCCUGGGAAUCUACAAACAGCUCAUCGAGGCCCCAGAUCCUGCUCCUUUGCUGGAGGCCUCACACACACUGGAGGAAAGACUGCAUGAGCUGGAGAAUACCACCCCCGACAGCCAGAGCCUGGUGCGGGAGAUCAGUGGGCACUGGAGGAAACACCUGGAGUGCCUUGAGAGGACAGGUCCCUCAGAAGACUCCAGGGCAGCAGUGGCAGGUGACACUUUAGAAUCCAGCAAUCCGGACCGCCAGAUGACACCCAACAGCACACCGGCUCCUGGAGCCCCUGGAUCUCCUCAGCAGAACCACCAAGACCGCACAGGGGGACGAGGGGAAGAGGAGGAGAGCACUGACGCUGGUUUGGCUGAGAGACUGUCAGAGGCAGAGGAGAAGAUCAAGGUUCUGCAUUCAUCUUUGAGCACGGCAGAGACAGAUCUGCUAGACCUGCGGUGUAAAUAUAACCAGGAGAUGACCAGCAAGGCAGAGGAGGUCAGCACCAUCAUCGCAAACCUCGAGAAAGCAAACCAGAAAGCCGAACUGGCCCAGAGAGAAGUGGAGAGGCUAAAGGAGCAGCUGGCAAGCGGUCAUCCAACCGAGGGAGCUAGCAGGAGCGAGAGGGGCGGAGCAUCGCCCUCGCAGCUGGAAGCCGUCUUGCUGGCGAAGGACCGCGAAAUCCUCCGUCUCCUUGAAAAUGUUCAGCGGCUGCAGUUCACUCUCCAAGAGGUUAGAGAAACAUCGGCCAAUCAGAUCCUCGAGCUGGAACGCCAACUGGCCUACAAGACCGAAGCCAUCGAGAGAUUGGAAGCUAAACUGCAAACACAGAUGGACUAUGAAGAGAUUAAGACAGAGCUCAGUAUCCUAAAGGUGAUGAAGCUGGCAUCAGCAAAUGGCAGCUCAUCCCAGGACUCUUCGAAAGCUGCUGAAGCUCUUUUGCUGGACAAAGAGGCCUUUCUUCCAUCGAACAAGUAUCUGGUAGAUAAGGCCCGAAUUUUGCACAGCAGCGAUGAAGACCAGUCUGAGGAUGUGGGCAGAGAGAGGCCGCCCGCCUCGCUCUCUUCCUCCUCUCAGGUGGACGGCCGCACCUCUGCCAGCCCACUGGACAGCUCCUCAUCCGGCCUCAAUCUCGCGCGCCCCUUCUCCGUGUCCCCAUGCUCUGGAGACAGACUGUCAGGAGACCACCUACUUCACAAGCAGCUCCUGUCACCACCCUUCAAAAAGGAGGCUCUCAUGACAUUUCCCAGCGCCCUCUAUGCAGCCAAAGUGGCCCUCAUGUCAGCCACUCAGGGGUCUGUGGCGGCCAGCAGUGGCGACGGCGGCUUGCCCAGUGACCAGUCGGAAAGCGGCAGCUCCACUGCAGGGGACGACGACCAGCUGGACACAGCAGAGAUCGCCUUCCAGGUGAAGGAGCAGUUGCUGAAGCAUAACAUUGGCCAGCGUGUCUUUGGCCACUACGUGCUGGGCCUCUCCCAGGGUUCCGUCAGCGAGAUCCUGGCCCGGCCCAAGCCUUGGAGGAAACUGACUGUGAAGGGCAAAGAGCCCUUUAUUAAGAUGAAGCAGUUCCUAUCAGACGAACAGAACAUCCUGGCGCUACGGACCAUCCAAGUCCGCCAAAGAGGGAGCAUCACUCCACGCAUCCGAACUCCAGAAACUGGGUCAGACGAUGCCAUCAGGAAUAUCCUGGAGCAGGCCAAGAAGGAAAUCCAAUCCCAGAGGGGAGGUGAUGGUAAAGCUUCACUCAGCACCAGCUUGGGCAGAGGUAGCCACGGGUCAGCCAGCAACUCUGAUGAAACCAUAAAGAGCAUCCUAGAGCAGGCCAGGAGGGAGAUGGAGUCUCAGCAGCAGGCCUUGAUGGAGCUGGAGGCUUGUGGCAGAGCUUCUACUCUCAGCAACGGGGCUCAGGUAGAGCGGCUCGGACCAGUGGAGCGAUCCAGGGGCCCACCGCUGCCUCUAUCCAUCAAACAGGAGGAAGGGGGCUGCAUCACCGUCUGUAUGGCCAAUUCCAUCAGCAGCCCGCAGACACCCCUCAGCGUCCUUUCCCCUGCAGCCUUCGUCCAGAACAUCAUCCGCAAAGUCAAAUCAGAGAUUGGCGAAGCAGGCACUUACUUUGACCAUCACUGGUCUCAAGACCGGGGGCCACUGGGCCUAGUUAGCGGCAGCAGCUCCCAGCCCUUCAACUCCAUCUCACCCUCGCUGUCUUCCUCGUCCUCCGGACCUUCAGCCCUGCCUCGACCAUGGCCCCGCAUGGAAAACGGUGACGGCCUCCCCAACAGUGAGGAGGCCUCUGCAGCGGAGGACGAGCUGGGGAUGAGCCGGCCAGUGGAGGUGAAGGUCGAGUCGGACACGUCAGUGAGCGGAGAGUCUCCUGGUCCGGGUCGCCUGUCCUACUACCCGGCCUACAUUCCCCGAGCCCUGAAGCCCACCGUGCCGCCACUGACCCCGGAGCAGUACGAGAUGUACAUGUACCGGGAGGUGGACACCAUCGAGCUGACCAGACAGGUGAAGGAGAAGCUGGCCAAGAAUGGAAUCUGUCAGAGAAUCUUUGGAGAAAAGGUACUUGGUCUUUCUCAGGGCAGUGUGAGUGAUAUGUUGUCACGGCCCAAACCCUGGAGCAAGCUGACCCAGAAAGGCAGGGAGCCAUUCAUCCGCAUGCAGCUGUGGUUACUGGACCAGCUCGGACAGAGCCUCAGUCAGACGCCGAUCCAGGGCCAGGCUCAGGAUAAAAGCCCAGUGAUGACCCAGUCAUCCCCGUCCCCACCACCGAGCCCGGCCGACAGCCACCCGAGUCCACUGGUCGAACCAGUCAGCCUCUCACUGGAGAGCAGCAAAGAGAACCAGCAGCCUGAAAGCCUGGUCUUGGGACUCCAUCACCCAGAUGGGGGCAAAACAACCCCAAACCUCAUAUCGCAGCAUCAACCCGCUAACCAGCUGGGCAUCCAGGAGCUAGUGGCCAUGUCGCCAGAGCUGGACACGUAUGCCAUCACCAAGAAAGUCAAAGAGGUGCUAACUGAUAACAACCUCGGUCAACGACUAUUUGGAGAGACCAUCCUGGGUCUAACUCAGGGGUCCGUGUCUGACCUGUUGUCCAGACCUAAACCGUGGCACAAGCUCAGCCUCAAAGGCAGAGAACCCUUUGUCCGCAUGCAGUUCUGGCUCAACGAUGCCCAUAAUGUGGACAAGCUAAGGGCUAUGAAGAAAAUGGAGAAGAAGGCUUAUCUGAAGAGACGGUAUGGGCUGAUGAGCACCGGCUCUGAUAGCGACUCUCCCAGCACUCGCUCCGAGUGUGUGAGUCCAUCCUUGGCCUCUCUCGACAUGUGCCCCUACAACCAGGUGAAGAAAGCUCGGGUGGUGUUGGGGGCAGAGGAGAAGGAAGCUCUGAGGAAGGCCUAUCUCCUGGAGCCUUACCCAUCUCAGAGCACCAUAGAGAUGCUUGCAGCUCAGCUCCACCUCAAAACCAACACUGUCAUCAACUGGUUCCACAACUACAGGUCCAGGAUGCGGCGGGAGGUUCUGAUGGAAGGUCUUCCUGACAAUGACACGGAUGCUGAGCACCACAGCUACUCACCGUCAGUGACGAGAAGCCCUCAGUCCGAAGGAGAGGAGCGGAGGCAGCAGCAGCUCUCAGGACACAUGCACUCCAUCCUUCCUCUCAGCAACAGCUCCAUUCCAUCUCACGUCAAACAAGAAGCAAUAGACCGGGAGGAUGAGAUCCUGGGCAAAGAUGGAACGACGAGGCCGUCGAGAGUCCUGUCUUUUUCCACAGCUGCGUUGCCUCAACUGAAAAGUGAGCACGAGGACUCGCACUUGGUUUGCAGAGAGCUUCAGGGUCUGAAGCAAGAGGAAGCAGUUAGCAACCCAUCUCAGGGUCUCUGCCCUGGCACUGCCUCCAUAGACGGCCCUGCGAGGUCCAGCCAAGCCAGACAAGAGAUGGAGGACGCGGGAAAAUCCCCAGUCGAUCCAGUAAGCUUCAAGGCCUCGUCUGAGCCGUGUCGCAGCAGCUUAGAGGUUUCUCUCAACUCACCCUCCGCGGCCUCCUCGCCAGGGCUGAUGAUGUCGGUCUCCCCGGUGCCCUCGUCCUCCGCGCCGAUAUCGCCCUCGCUCCCAAACCCGCCCUCCACAGGCACCAGUCACAGCCCGGACAGUAACCCUGCUUUCCAAAGCCCCAAACUCAACAGGAGCACUCAGAGACGCAAUGAGAAAAUGGCCAACCUCAACAACAUCAUUCACCGGCUGGAAAGAGCAGCUAAUCGAGAAGAAACACUGGAAUGGGAGUUUUGACUCCGUCUCUGUGGAAUCCAGGCCUGACGACCCUCGCAGCACAGUCUGGAAUCGUGGAAGAUUUGGUGAGGACGGAGCCUGGCUCCUGAAGGUCUGGCCUCUCACAGUAAAAAAAAAAAAAAAAAACUCCUACGGGAACUCGGCGCUCUACAUAAUGCUUGAAUUCCCUACGAGAACUCACAAGUCGGGGAAAUAAAGUUUAUAAAUGUGUACUACUUUUUUUUUCCUUUUUCUUUUUUUUUAAUACAUACUACUUUUAAAUAUAUGUGACAGCACUAGCUGUUGUUUUACCUAUUGGACUUUACGUGAAGACUUUUGCAGAAAUGGUGUCAUCAAAUGUACACUGACCUUCUGUUGAUUGCCACUGGGUGAGAUUAAAAAAGACCCCUGUCUUAAGCCAUUUAAAGCACUAUAACUAUUUGAAAAGAGACAUUGACCAAAUUUGCUACUUUUUGAAUAGCAAUUUUUCAAAUUUUGUCUGUAAGACUGGACGUUUGAAGUCAAGUAACAUAAAAUCCCACUACUGACUGAGGGAUAGUCCUUUAAGACUCUAAAUAUUCAACACCUUGUAUGUACUUAGUUUUCUUGGUGAUAUGUUUGGAAAUAUUUGUAUCUCACACGUAUAAUAUGUGGUUGUACAUGUUGUAGAAGUGUCUGCAAUAGCCUUCUCUGAACCUGAUGUAGCAUGGUACUCACCUGACCCUGUUAUCCUCUGUAGUUAGUCACCUGUGAUUAUACUUCAGUGAAAAAGAAAAAAAAGCUUAAAACCCUGCAAAAAAAAGAUAAGAACGGAGGUGUUACAGUUAAGAAGCAUUUUUUCCCCCCAAGACUCUUGAGGUUUACAGAUUAGGGUGUUUGUGGUACUGAUACAUUUACUACACGUGGACGCAGUUUACAGGAUUCUUUCCAGACAUACCUCUCAAAGGCACUGGCUCUCAGACUGUAACAGACCGGACACAUUAUUCCCAGUUUACCUCAGAUUAUGUUGAUGCACAUCAUGCUAUGAUUAUGUGUUCAUUUCCCAUUCAUAAACACGUCCAACAAUCUCAAUAAUUGGAGGGAGUUUUUAAAGCCUCAGUCAGGGCCACAGUCCAUACAAGUUGCGGCUUUAUGAUGGGAGCUGUUAAUCCUCACUUUCUGACUGGCGAUGCCACACGGUGUGCACUUUCUUAAUAAGGGUCAUCUACUGUAGCUGUGAUGUUGUAUACUUGAUAAAACGGUUUAACCUCGAAGCAUUGACAUCAGGUGCACUCAAGUGAACGUCCUUGAUGUUCUUUUGAGGGUGUGAAAACUUCCAUUAUCACCUCUAUUCCACCUGGAUCUGUAAGUACGACGGAGGCGAAAGGUUACAUGUAUCCCCUCAUAUUAUCCUCCACCACUUGUGUAUCGUGUCUGUAGACGUUUCUUUGUCAUGCUUGCGGGAAGUUCUUUCUGUAUUUUUUGCUUAUAUUUUAUACUGAAAACAGUUAACUAGAUAUCCAAUACCUCGUGUAUGAACUACUUACAGCACUUAGACUUUUGAUAAUUGUGACGACUCAAGAAGAAUUCAAAUAUCAACAUUAUCCUUAACUUAGUGUCCACGAGUCUUUGCCUUUUACUAGUAUCGUUGAAGUUGGUUGUAAACUCUUGCACAUGUCUACAUAGUUCAGAGGACUUGGAUUGUAUUAUGUAGAAAUAUAUAUAACACAAUUACAAAAAAAAAAUAUCCUACAUUCUUGGAACAAAAAUGUCCUGACUAUAUUGAAAUAGAGUGUACAGAUUUAAUAAACCAAACCCAUACAAGCCAGUUCUGCUCUGGCAAGCUUGCCCCGUUUUAGACAUUCUCUCAGGGUAGUCUUGCUUCUUAAAGCUUUACUUAAACACUUGCUCGAAUCUGGAGUGGACACAUUGACGUACAUCAUGGAGUGGACACAUUAAACCUGUUCUGCAUAUAAAAUGGGCACGCAGAGACUCUGGAAGUGGAAAACCAAACCUCUGCAGUGGUGUUGUUCAUGAGUGCUUGCUGUAAAAAACGAACUCAGUCAAACUACACUAGAGUGAAACUACCAGGAUGAAGCUAAUGGGUUGUAUUUUUGAGAAGAGUAGUCUUACUCUGCCUCAUAAAAAGAAGAAAAAAAAGAAAAAAGUUUUGUUCUUUUCUCAUGGAAUCUCAGAAGAUGCUUACUGGGUUUUCUGGUUUCCCUAUCGACAUUUUGUGCAUAAUAUACUAUUUGAUUAGGAGACAUUUCUUAUAUGGGAUUGCCAUUGUCUUUCACGCGUACAUGAAGGAGAAAUGUAUUUACCAAGGACGUCAUCCAUUCAUGUAAAACCCCAUUGUUUUUGCAUGCAAAUCCUCUCUGGUCUCAUGACCAGGUGAGACUGUGUUUUUGUGUUGUUGGUCGUGCACACAAACCGUUUUUCAGCACUUAAGUCAAUUUCAUUUCACACUAAUGAAAUCCAUGCAUGAUCAUGCUGAUCAAUUGGCUUUUAUCCAGCUCAAUUGAAAGCCAGUAACAAACACUUAUGAUUUGUGCCACUGUUUAUGCCUCAUGCAUCGUUCUUGCCAUGAUAAGGUGUUGUUAAAGAGUAGUGUAGGCCAUCUAAUAACUCUGUCACCUAGAAGCAAAGCUUUUGGGAACAGAGACCUACAUGUUCUAUGAUUUUUUUUUUUUUAAAUUGACAUUGGUCACUAAAUAAUGACACACAGUUACAAGUCUGCGAAGAAGAAAGCAACCAAUAAAGUUGUGUUAAAGGUUUUGAAAUAUUGUUGAAUAAUGGACAGAAGUUUGCCAAGUGUCUUGGAACUGAAGUUGCAUAUG